UCUCGCUCAAAAACCAAUCAGGCCGGAUCAGCGAGGCGUUGAUUCUCCCUCCGUCCCUCCUACACCUUUUCCAAGGGCCCAAUUGCCUGGGCCCUCUGGGAGAUUGACUGGAGUCACAUGAGCCGCACCGGGGGCAGUUGUUUCCCCUUGUGGUCAUGACGGCUUCGCACAGUGACUCUUUGGUGGUGUUGUUUGGGGCAACAGCUGGUGCAUAUGGGGCUAAACUGGGUUCGGAUGAGAGGGAACUAAUUCUCUUGGUGUGGCAAGUUGUGGAUCUCCAGAGCAAGAAGGUAGGGACGCUGCACAAAUCCCUGGUGAAAGCAGACAACUUGGACUUAAGUGACCAGUGUCGCGAAGUGAGUGGCUUAACACCAGAGGGACUGGGCAAAGCUGAGCCACUGGACCGGGUUCUUCAACAGUUUAGUCAGCUGGUAUCCAGUGAUUUGAAAGUACUUGGAAGGAGCUCUUACACACUUUGCAGUGAUGGCCAGUUACUCAUUCGACAAGUCCUCCAGCCAGAAACAUCUAAGAAGAACAUCCUGCUGUCAGACUGCUUCUAUUCCUUUUAUGAUCUGCGCAAAGAAUUUCACACUUGCUACCCUAGUUCAGCCACCGUGAAAGAUCAAAACAUCAAGACCAUGGCAGAAUAUCUUGGCUUAGGGACAGAUGAGACAGAGGAAGACUUCGGCGUGUGGCAAGUGAAAACCAUGGUGGCCAUCAUUUUCAGCAUGCUUUCUGAAGGUUGUAAUUACAUAUUUACCGAGCCUGAAACUGUGAAAUACAAGUACGAAACAGGUCCUUGUAGUAAAUCUGAAACAGUGGACAGUGAGACAGUAAUACGUGCCAGAGGUUUGCCGUGGCAAUCUUCAGACCAAGAUAUUGCUCGAUUUUUCAAAGGACUUAACAUUGCCAAAGGUGGUGUGGCUCUUUGUCUCAAUGCUCAAGGAAGAAGAAAUGGGGAAGCGUUAGUUCGGUUUGUCGAUUCUGAACAGAGAGAUCUCGCACUGGAAAGACAUAAACACCACAUGGGUAGCAGAUACAUUGAGGUUUACAAAGCAACUGGGGAAGAAUUCUUAAAAAUUGCAGGAGGCACCUCCAAUGAAGUGGCGCAGUUCUUAUCUAAGGAGAACCAAGUUAUUAUCCGGAUGAGAGGCCUUCCAUUCACUGCUACUCAGGAGGAUGUCUUGGGGUUUCUGGGGCCGGAAUGCCCAGUCACAGAAGGGAAGGAGGGACUUCUCUUUGUCAAGUACCCUGAUGGCAGGCCCACAGGAGAUGCAUUUGUGCUAUUUUCCUGUGAAGAAUAUGCACAGAAUGCACUUAAAAAGCACAAAGAAAUACUUGGAAAACGUUACAUUGAACUCUUCAGGAGCACAGCAGCAGAAGUCCAACAGGUACUUAAUCGAUAUAUGUCAACACCUCUUAUUCCCACUCUCCCAACUCCCAUCAUUCCUGUCAUACCCCCACCAUACACCAUUGCCACGGGCAGCAUACGUGACUGUGUCCGGCUCAGAGGCCUUCCUUACACUGCCGGCAUCGAUGACAUCCUGGAAUUUAUGGGAGAUGCCACAGGUGAUAUCAAGCCCCAUGGAGUUCACAUGGUCCUUAAUCAACAGGGACGACCAUCGGGUGAUGCUUUUAUCCAAAUGAAAUCUGCUGACAAAGCCUUUCUGGUGGCUCAAAAAUGUCACAAAAAAAUGAUGAAGGACCGCUAUGUGGAAGUAUUCCAGUGUUCAGGAGAGGAGAUGAACUUUGUUUUAAUGGGUGGCACUUUAAAUCGUAGUGGCUUAUCCCCACCGCCAUGUAAGUUACCAUGUCUUUCUCCACCAGCUUAUGCUGCUUUCCAAACAGCAGCUGUGAUCCCAGCAGAGGCAGCGCUUUACCAGCCACAAGCCCUCUUGCCAGCCACCAGGACUCCCCAGGCCUCUGCAGCUGCUCCUCCAGCUGUUACCUACUACCCAGCUCAGGCUGCCCAGCUGUAUAUGAAUUACACAGCUUACUAUCCCAGUCCUCCAGUAUCCCCUACCACGGUGGGGUAUAUCACAGCUCCUCCAGGAGCUGUAGCUGCUGCUGCUGCCACUGCAACCCACACUCCGCUUCUGGCCCAGCCCGGAGCAUUAGUCCGUAUGCAGGGCUUGCCUUACAACACAGGAAUGAAGGAGAUACUCAGUUUCUUCCAGGGGUACCAGCUCCCAUCUCUGAUCACUGGAAGAAGUCAGUACAGCACCAGAGCGUAUACCGAGAACCAUAUCUUGAUGUCCUUAACAUCUGAAGCUGACUUUCCUAAUGGAGCUCUUCAUUUACCAAUGUAUGCACCUGAUGACUACAAUGGCCUUAUUCAGCUGAGCGAUCAAGCAAGGAGUGUGUUACAAGCACCGAAAGAGUGGGUCUGUUUGUAACUCUUUGUAACUUCUGAAGAAGCUCCACGCAGAUUCCAUCCUCGUGCUUUACAAUUUUAGUGGCCAGCCCAGUGGAGAGGCAUUGGUGACUUUUCCAAGCCUGGAUCUAGCUAAGAAAGCAGUGGCUGAGAAAAACGGACAGCUCCUGGGAGGCCGCUAUGUAGAACUGUACCUGGUCUAACUAAACACUCUAUAGGGGAUGGGAAAGGAUGUCGCACUAAACACCGUGCCUUUUGCAAAAGAAGUCUUCCCUUGCCACCAAGGCAGUAGCAAAUGUGCCUUUUCAGUGUACUGUGUUGGAAUGUAGAGUGGUACAUGUCCUGUAUUUAAUUUGAAAAUGGCGUGUCCUAUGCCAAAGAUAAAGUGAAACCAAAAAUUAUGAGUUGACUUACUUAAUUGCUAAUGUAUUUGUUUAAAAAUAAGCAGUCCUGCUCCUAGCAUCUACUUAAUUCUGAAGACAAUCUAAUAGCACUUCAGCUAUUGCAGGUGUGGGAGAAACCUGUUCAGUAGCAUUUGAAGUGGAGA